GGCGCACUGGCGCAGCAGUCUCUUCUCUUGCCAUCCGGGAGGGUUUUGUGUGUUGGGUUCGGACCUGCCAUUGUCUUGCUUUGUUCUUGGGUUCAAAAAGCCGUUUUUUAUCUGCAUUCAUAUCGGUGUCUUUUAUGAAUAAUCAAAAGCAGCAAAAGCCAACGCUUACCGGCCAGCGUUUUAAAACUCGGAAAAGAGAUGAAAAGGAGAGAUUUGACCCUUCUCAGUUUCAAGAAAGUAUUGUUCAAGGCUUGAACCAAACUGGCACAGAUUUGGAAGCGGUUGCAAAGUUCCUCGAUGCCUCCGGCGCCAAGCUCGACUACCGCCGGUAUGCUGAGACACUCUUUGACAUCCUGGUGGCUGGAGGAAUGCUGGAAAAAUAAUGCACACCCGACGCUUCGCGUCGUGGCUCUGAGUACUGCCUCUUCACGGCAAGUGAAGACCUGGAGACCAUGCAGGCUUACGCUCAGGUUUUUAACAAGCUGAUCAGGCGUUACAAGUACCUGGAGAAAGGGUUUGAAGAGGAGAUCAAGAAGCUGCUGCUGUUUUUAAAAGGGUUCACAGAGUCAGAGAGGAAUAAAUUGGCCAUGCUUACUGGAAUCCUGCUGGCCAAUGGCAAUAUAUCAGCCUCCAUCCUGAGCAGCCUCUUUAAUGAAAACUUGGUCAAGGAAGGUGUGUCUGCCGCCUUCGCUGUGAAACUGUUCAAAUCUUGGAUCAACGAAAAAGACAUCAACUCCGUUGCUGCUAGCCUGCGUAAAGUUGGCAUGGACAACAGGCUGAUGGAGCUGUUCCCUGCCAACAAGCGUAGCUGCGAACACUUCUCAAAAUAUUUCACCGACGCUGGGCUGAAAGAGCUCUCGGACUUCGCUCGCAACCAGCAGUCCAUUGGAGCGCGCAAAGAGCUUCAGAAAGAACUGCAAGAGCAGAUGUCCCGCGGCGAGACCCUCAAAGAUAUCAUUGCCUACGUUCGUGAAGAGAUGAAGAAAACGAGCAUCUCCGAGCAGACAAUGAUCGGCAUCGUGUGGACCAGUGUCAUGAGCACCGUCGAGUGGAAUAAAAAGGAGGAGCUCGUCACAGAGCAAGCCAUCAAACACUUGAAGCAAUACAGCCCACUGCUGAAGGCCUUCACCUCCCAGGGCCUGUCUGAGCUUACCCUCCUGCUGAAGAUCCAGGAGUACUGCUAUGACAAUAUCCACUUCAUGAAGGCCUUUCAGAAAAUUGUGGUGCUUCUUUACAAAGCUGAUGUUUUGAGCGAGGAGGUAAUUUUGAAGUGGUACAUGGAAGCCCACAUGGCCAAAGGAAAGAGUGUCUUCCUCGAGCAGAUGAAGAAGUUUGUAGAAUGGCUGAAGAACGCUGAGGAGGAGUCUGAAUCCGAGGAAGAGGAGGGAGACUAAAACACCAUGUCAACAGAAUGUUUUGUUACAGAAGUGCUUGUUUAAAAAAAAUGUUGCUUUUUUCUUUUUUCUUUUUUUUUGAUUCUACCUCCUGUUUUCAAACCAUAACAUUUAGAUGUCAUUUAAGGGCUUUAUGACAAAUGGUUAAUUUUAACAGAUUUUUCUAAUAUUGAGGUUUACACUUAAAAUAGCACAAAAGUUGUGGUCAACCUUUGUAAUUAUUUACUCACUCAAGGAACUUUUAAGUGUUGACAGUUUGGACAUCAUAAAUUAUUGGUAUAAUGAUUCCUUUAUGAAUUGACAUUCCAUUGAGUUUGAUCAGGCUGCCUUGUUUGCUUUUAAGAUGACCUUUUCUAUAUGGUAUUGAUGCCUUCAUGCCCUGUCAUGAUCAGUGUCCACAAAGGGGAAAAA